AUGCCUAGGGGCAGCCGCGAUACCGGCAUCAAGGAUAACUGGAAAUGCAUCCUCAUCUGCCUGGCUAUGAGCCUUGCGAACUGCCAAUAUGGCUACGACACCGCUACCAUCGGCGGCUUCCAGGCCAUGGUCGGCUUUCUCAAAGUGUACGGGUACCAGGACAAGAAGGCCAAGAUCGGCUGGAACAUCGCGACUACGCCGCAGCAGCUCAUCAGCUCCUUCCUAAACAUUGGAACGAUCAUUGGAGUCGUCUGCACGCAUCUAUGGGGCCGCCAGUUUGGUCGCAGGCCAUCGAUUUGGCUGGCGAGUUUGCUGAGCUUUGCGGCGGCGGGGCUGCAGAUUGGGACGGAUCAGCUGGUGGGGUUGUACUUUGGUCGUAUCCUAAUUGGCGUCUCCAACGGCUUCUUCAUCACCUUCGCCAACGUCUACACCGCCGAAGUCUCGCCACCCCACCUCCGCGCCCCCAUCGUCUCCUUUUUUGGCAUCUGGGUCAGCAUCGGCUCCAUCCUCGGCGCCACCGCGAACAACUUCUCCAAGGAAUACUCGUCCAAGCUAGCCUACCAGAUCCCGCUCGCGUCGCUCUUCGCCAUCCCUUUCUGCCUGUCCUUGCUCGUCAUCUUCAUCCCUGAAAGCCCGAGAUGGCUGCUAGUGCAGGGCAGGGAUGAUGAGGCCAAGGUCGCCCUGAAGAGGCUGAGGGGUAAGAGCUUUCAGGGUAAAGAGAACUUGCUGGAGGAAGAGUUUUUAGAGAUGCAGAGGGGCAUCCAUGAGGAGCUGGAGAUGAAGAGCGGGAGUGUAUUCACAGAUAUGUUCAAGGGGUCGGAUUUGCGGAGGACGAUUAUCUGCUUUGCGGUUAUUUUGAGCCAUUCCAGUUCGGGCAUAUGGUUGAUCAUCGGAUAUGGAACAUUCUUCUUCCAAAUGGCGGGCGUAGACAAGCCCUUCAUGGCCACAAUCCUCAAGUCCUUCAUGGGCCUCAUGGGCGUCUUCCUCGGCAUGUCGCUUUCCUACCGCACCAUUGGCCGCCGCUUCUCCAUGCUGCUCGGCCACGGCGGCUCCGCGGUCUUCAUGCUAGGCAUGGGCAUUGCAGCGAGUGUAUCGCAGAACUCCAAAGAGUCCGGCAAGGCUAUCCUGGCUUGCGCGCUGAUGUGGUACUUCGUGUACAAUGGCUUCAGCGGCGCGAUGAGCUGGCCGGUCGCGAACGAGCUGGUGAGCAGCAGGCUGCGCGUUGUCACGAUCGGUGUGGGCACGGGGAUUAACUAUGUUUUCGCGUGGUUAGUAAGCUUCACUACGCCGUACUUCAUUAACUCUAAGGAACUAAAUUGGGGAGCUAAGGUUGCGUACAUCUGGGCCGCAUCCAACGCCAUCACUUUUGUGUUCUUGUACUUCUUCCUGCCCGAGAUGCGCGGCCGCUCGCUGGAGGAGAUCGACGAGCUGUUCCAGAAUAGGGUACCGCGGCGCGAGUUCCCGAACUAUCACUGUCUUUCUGGGGAGAGGGCGCAUGAGCAGGCGCUUAAGAAUGCGGGGAUUGCGGAGGCGGAGGCGGAGAAGAAAAUGGAGGUUGAGCGGAGGGAGGUUGCUGUUUAG